ACGUUUCAGCCGACCUCGCAGGCGGACCCUUUCCCUGUUUUAUUUUUUUAUUUUUUGCUGGGUAGCAGUACCGUUAGCGGUACCUGUCGUCAGGUACGUUUGACUGGAAGCUGACUUUCUUCUCUAGCCGCAAAACGUUAACACGUUGGUGUGUUUAUAACAUAGCAUCCAAAAGUUGAUCAACUUGGUCUGUGUGUCUGGUUAUUUGAUGCUAACAAGGAGGGCUAGCUACGGUCUGCCAGGCGAACUCAAGCUAACAUCGCCGAAGGUAUGAGGACUGACGCCGCUUGUUUCAGGAGACGUUGGAGAAGUUGGACAAGUUCGUGAAGCUAUAACGUUAUUGUCAGUUAGCGGACGGUUGGCGCUGAAGGCUUGGUCAACCCAAUUCAUUGACUUGUAGCUAGCUUAAUGAGCACAUCUGAAUGUAAUGUGGAGUUAUUGAGAGCAACAUUGACAGCUUCGGAGGUUGCCGGGUUAAACCAAAGACAUGUAGACAAGAAGUUGUACUUAUAAAACGCUUUAAUGUCUUUAAGAGCAUUGUAAGUAAUGUAAGGGGGGGUCACCCCUUCUCUCAGUUGAACUGCUCAAACACACCCACAGGUGUGCCUCUGGCCCGAAGACGUCAGUUUGCUCUGACUUGAAUCCUUCUGAACAAGUAGUGCAACUUCUUAACUGCACUGGCAGUACAUGCUUUGCCCAGCCAACUGAGGCGAGAAGAGGUGAGAACUGAGUGGCUGCACAUUUUAAUAAUACAACUUCAGCAAGCUCAGCAAAGAGGAAUGACAGCUGUGGUAGGCAGAGCACUGGGGUGGGUGCGCUCAUGGGGCAGCGGUGCCGUGUCGGAGAAUACCACAGUGGUUAUAGACGAGGGCCAGAAGCGUAGCUGUGGCAGCUGGAGCCUCAGGGGGUGGACCUCUUGGGUCUGGGGAGGGUGGAGACGUCAGAGUGACCCAAGUAGCCCAGUAGAGGAGUACUGGGAGGCGCAGGAGAAGCUUCAGCCCAUGGAAAUUGAAAAUGUCUGCGCAGGGAAACAGGAGAUCGCGGUAGAUUCCAGAUGGUGGAAUAAAUAUCUCCCAACUUCUUACCUUCUCUGGCCAAGAACAACAGAGUCAGGAAGACGAAGACAAAGGAAACAUGAUGGUCAGGGUGGAGGUGCGCCAGACCAUGAUGGGGACUUUUCUGACUACAGAACACCUCCCCCGUCUCCCACACCUCCUUCCUCUCGGCUGACGUCUCCCUUUCGACUCUUCAUGCACAGCUGGAACGUGGAAACCCUACCAGAGCACUACGAGAUCUGUUUCAACUUCCUCCGCCACUUGUUUGACCUGUUUGUGGUUGGCUUCCUGUGGACCGUGUCCCCUCCUGCCAAGCUGAUCUUGGAGGUGCUGGGGGUCCAGGGAGCGCUGAGGCUGUGGUUUCAUGGCAUGGCCAUGUUUUUCGUCUCCACGGUCGGAAUGGCAGGGUUGCUCUGGUUGAUCCAGGAGUAUCUCCCUCAGUUUGCUUUAAUCUAUGGCAUCAUACAGGCGCUGGUGAUCUCUGUCAGCGUUCGACAGAGUGUGAUCAUCGGCACAGAGGACGAGAAAGAAGAAAAGGAUGAGGAGGGACAGGAGACUGAUGAAAUGACAGACAGCAGGGAGCAUAAAGAAAAACUAGUGUCUGUUAAGGACAAGGUGAAGAAAAGUUAAACUUGUGAUGCAGAGGAGCCGCUGUCUGUUCGGCUGUAUCAGACCUCGUCCAGGUGUUUGACAUCGCAGCAGUGGGGACUACACAGUGAGACUGUUUGACUUCACCUCUGCGUUCUGCAGUGCGACUUUAUUCAUUGUAUUGCACAUUCACUACAAACUCAUAGAAGUUGUAACUUUACGUCACUUUACAUUCAACACUAUUGGUCUGUAUUUUAUAGACAUCUGUACACGUUCAGUCUUUAUGUCACCACCAGAAUGUCAACACUGAUAAUCACAUAAAGUUAAGUUUCAAAGUAUAUUUCUUUUACUGUAAUGGAGUCCAUGAAUGUUCAGGAAAUGCUUGUAAAAUCACUAAAAUGUAAAGAUUCCCAGUAUUUAGAGAACCCUGCAUUUUAUUUUACCCUGUUUACAUCUCAUUGUGCUGUGGGGCCACUUUUGUCAUGACUCACCUUGAGACAGUCACCCAGGGUGGGACCAGCGGACGGCCUCUGUGACUGAGAAGGAACAAUCAAAGCUGAACCUAUAACAAGUAAAUCCACAGCCUGGAUGAGUAGAUUUUUUUUUUGAAACCCCAUAUAAACCACUACAGUAAUAAAAACAAAAAAAAAAAAAAAAAAA